GAGGUGGAAAAUUCAACCUCACGGCGAUCAUCAGUCGGUGCUAGGACUGCCACCAGUGAGGGUCGAUCACGGCGUCGCGGGAGAUUUUCCACCAAACUGUGCGAACAAAGAUCGAGGAUUUGCGUCGGAAGAGCACCAAGCGAACGAGAUCAACCACAUGGAAUACGCUACACAUCUUGAUCUAGAUUUUCAGUUUGCGACGUUGUUUAACGAUAUAAACAAGCAAAAGUGAUUGUGUUAUGGAUCUCGGAAUUCUUUGUUAGGUAUCUGAUCGUAGCAGGAAGGGUUGUGAUUUGUGGUCAUUUUCUAACAACAAACAGUAAAUCAGAUCACCGCGCUGUGUGAAAGAGGACGUCAAGAAUUAGGUGGAAUUUCCCGAGCGGGAACGAUCAAACGGUUAUCUAAUCAGGGCGUGGGAACCAUCGUCGCACGAGGGACAGUGGGUUACCAUCCACCGCUCCACUGAGCAGGAUCGCGAGAGGAGUAGUUUUUACGCCGAAAUGUUGUCAUCAUAAUUCUUCGCAUGCUUGUUUGGACAGUUGGACGCGCGUGCACGCUGCGAUUCGAUGAGUUCGCCAAAGUGCUCACAAAGCCGAGCUCGCGAGGAUAGUGGAAGAAAGUAAAAGUGAAAAAUUUAUAUACUAUAUUUGCGCCGGGGCUCGAGGACUGGUUCGGAGUUUGGAGUGCGAGUGUGUGACAGUUUUAUGACAGGAAAGAAAAGCCGGCAAUUUGUUGUCGCGUUGUUUGGCCGCCUGCACAGCGGUGUUCCUGCUUACGUCUGCUGCCGGGUAAUAUACACGGAGUACUAAUUGAACCCCACGGAUCGGAAUUCGGCGGAAUAGCGGCAGUAUACAGGGUCGCUGCCAUUCGAAUCACGAUGGUUCAGGAAAUGCCAAGCAGUAGUGUUCCGGAGGAACUCUACAAUCUAACUCAGCUGGCGGAGGUAUCGAUUGCAGCCGGAAAAUUGAGUACCAGCAUCAACGCCUCACCAGGAGAGCAGUACCAUCACCACCACCACCACCAUCAUCAUCAUCAACAGCAGUAUCACUAUCCGGAACAGUACAGCGGUGCCAAAUAUUACACCUUGCAGCAUGAGUCAGCCUCUUAUCACCCGGUAGACUAUUAUCAGUACGCACUUUCUUAUCGCGGUCAGCUGGUCGACGAUAACGAAGACAAACGAAAAAGUUAUCCCGUCAGCCCGUCGCCGUCGCCGACAGAGCAGAAGAAAGACCACCAACCAGCGAUUCAGUCAUGCUCGGCAACGAAGAAAAAAUGGAAAACGAACUGGGAGAUCAAUCGAAAUCUAAAAUUACAGCAGGCACAAAGGAUCAGCAAGAUAAGGGAUGCAGAUGGACGUGCCAAUUGCGAUGACUCGUACGAAUCGGCAAAUCUGACGUACUACACGUCGACGAUAAGAACAGUGGAAGGUGACGUCGGUGGCAGUCCCCCUAGAUCGGGCAGUAGCAGUCGCGCAUUGACCGAGGACGAACAGUUGUUGAACAGAAGGAGCUCGUACGCUUCGGAAGAGUCCGAGGACUCGAGUUAUUCGUACUCGCACAAAGUGUUCGAUCGGAAAAAGUCGCGAACAUUGUCGUGGAAUAGUGGCAGCAGCUAUAGCUACGGAGAAGAAGGUCACCGACAUGGCGCGGAACGUCUGGACUACGGCAUCGAUGAGCGCGACUAUCGGGAACUGAGAGAUGUUGAAGACCCCACACCGGUUAGCAGUGGCGACGAGGUUGGACCGACGGACGAUGUGCACGGCUGCCCGGAAUGUGGAAAGAAGUACUCGACGUCUUCGAAUCUGGCUCGACAUCGACAAACGCAUCGAUCGCUGCAAGACAAGAAGGCUCGUCGAUGUCCGCAUUGUUCCAAGGUAUACGUCUCGAUGCCUGCCUAUUCGAUGCAUGUCCGAACGCACAAUCAGGGCUGUCAAUGUCCCACAUGCGGCAAAUGUUUCUCCCGGCCUUGGCUGCUGCAAGGUCACAUUCGAACGCACACAGGUGAAAAACCAUUCAAAUGCAGCGUUUGCCAGAAAGCAUUUGCCGAUAAGUCCAAUCUCCGGGCGCACGUUCAAACCCAUUCGAACACAAAACCGCAUUCCUGCUCCCGCUGCGGAAAAGCCUUUGCCCUCAAGUCCUAUUUGUACAAGCAUGAGGAUUCGUCCUGCAUGAAGAGCAAAACAGGAAAGCACCCUUCGCUUAAGCAAGCUCACACAAAGGCACGCAGAAAAGUCGAAAAAGCAGAUCGAUCUGCUGGUGGCGGAGGAGGAUAUGAGGGUCGAUACUCGAGCGGCUAUGGAAUGCAUCAUCAAUCUCCGCAUCAUGCAAUCAGCCCCUUGGAUUUGGCUCGACAAACCGAACAGCAGAUGAAGAAGGAAGCUGUACGAGCUAAAAUCCGGGAAGUGUUGGAAGACAACAGCAAGAAGUCAGCUCAGCUGAAGGCAGCCAUGGACAACCGGAUCAGCGUGAUUCGAACGACGGCCAGCAGCAACCACCCGGAAGGAUACUACCUCACCUAUCGAAGAGAUUCCCCGCCCGUUGAUACUAGGGAAGUUGCGCCAGUGAAUUUGGAAAAGGAGCUAAGUGACAGCAGUAGAAGCAGCAACAGUAGUAGUAGCUUUGACUAUCCGAAGAACUAUGCCAUCACUGCGUAACAGUUUUGUAGAUUAUUGCAAUUUUAUUUUUGAAUCAAGGUCACAAUUGGCCUGUAAACAGUGAUACCACAUUAGGAAGAUAUAGGAUUUCAAAAGGCGUUGAAGUCAAAAGACUAUACAGCCGCUCUUCUCAAAUAUCCGUCUGGGAUUCUCGAAGAAAACAUAGCAUUUAGACACAUCACUUUGUAGAUUUAAGGACUGGGAAGUGCGACGGCAUUGACCGAAAAUUUGUGAACUCAUGUGCCAUAUUUUUUUGCCAUUUCGUAAGUGUAUAUACUCUUAUUGUUAACUUGUGUACUUAAAAGAUGAUAUCAUCGCAAACAUUACAGCUGGACCAAAAAUACAAAACAAAAAGCAUAUCGGAAGCGGAACCUCUUUAUUUUUUUUGUAAAAUCGUAAGGUUUAUGUGCUUUUCUGUUUCGCAUUACUAGUAGUUUAAUUAUAAUUUAUGCUUACACAUCAUUAACUUUAAUUUUUGUUUAUCAAAAAAAGGGACGAGGACGGUCUAGUCUUGCAUUUAUUUUUUUUUUGUUUAUAUUGUUUUAGAUUGAAACCUAAGUUAGUUUUAUAUUUUCCCAUGUAUAUUUUCUGUAUUGACUGCAUACGGAUGAGUUAUUCUAAUCAUUUAAUGUUUAUAUACGAUUUUGUAUUAUAAUUUAAAUUGUAAGUAUUUUUUUAUUGUUUUGUAACGUACAACCAAUUGUCCUAAAUUUUAAAAUUAACAUACAAAACUAACCUUUCAAGUGAAGGAACAGUAAGCUGAUAUUCAUGGUGCCAACAGCAGCAGUAGCCGCAGUGCUCGUAGUAUUCAUAGAGUUUUAAAUACCUUUUUACGGUGAAGUAGUGGCCGGAGAUUGUGCAAUAAAACCAAAGAGUUUAAAGUCUCGAAUCGUUUUAAAUUUUGUAGGAUAAAUAGAUACAUACAAUCAAGCACUGUACAUUGAAGAAUUGAAGGUGUAUUAUUCAAUUAAUUGGUAGGAUAGUAAAAGAAGACUUUUUUAAAUAAAGAAGAUUUUUGUAACAAAA